AUGGCUGCAAAAUCCUCCUCAUUCGCUCCAACAUGGAGGACUUUGAGGGGCUUCACAUAUGCUCUGAGAUCAGCAUCUUGUGAAUGGCUUCUUAUUUUCCUGUUGCUUCUAGAUGCGGUGUUUGCAUAUCUCCUCACUAGAUUUUCACGUUAUUGUCAACUACAAGUACCAUGCGUCUUUUGUUCACGGCUAGAUCACAUAUUAGGCAAUGAAAACCCUAGGUUUUACCGGGAUCUCAUUUGCACAUCCCACAAGGCUGAAAUGUCGUGCUUGAUUUUCUGCCACAACCAUGGUAAACUUGCUGAUGGUUGUGCUAUGUGUGACUAUUGCCUAUUGUCAUUCUCAAUGAUGUUUAAAGAAAAAUCAGAGAUGCAAAGGAUUGUGGUGGGUAAACUCGGGGUUGAUCUUGGCUCCAAUGGUACGCCUAACUUGUUCACAAACAAGGAUCUCCUUCCUCGUUCCGUGGCUACCAAGUUAUGUUCAUGUUGCCAUAAGCCUUGGAGGUCAAGGCAGAGAGCAGACAAAAUCAUCAGACUAAAAUCACCUCGUUUGACACAACAAGAGAGCUUGAGGAAGAUAAGAGAGAAGUUCUCUGGGUCUUUAACUCCUUGUCGACUCGGAAAUAUCGGAUUUGAUUCUUUAUCUCAUGUGGGUUACACAGAGCUCAAGUUCAAUUCUGACUCUGAGUCUGAAUUCCAGUACUCUGAUGAUGAGGAAUAUAAUAAUUAUGGUCAUCAAGGGGAUGAGCCUCCCAAGGAAGGACAACAACCUACAACUCUUAUUGCUUUUGAUAAAGCUGCGGACAAUGAGAUGGAUCAGCAAUCAUGGAAACAAGGAAUGCAACCUUAUGUUAAAGAGCUAAAUUUACAUGAGGGUCUUCAUCCAUCAAACAUGGAAGAGGUCCCUCCUGAGCUGAAACAAGCAAAAAAUGAGCAAAACAAUCCUUCUGUUCUUACUACUGAUUCUUCUGUACUAAACGAACUCAUGGCUCUGGUUGACUCUCCGUCAGCUUUCACUGUUUCAAAAGACCAUUUCGAGACAUCGAAAGUUAAGGGUUUGGAUGAGAUUGGAACAACAUGUGACUCUAACAAUAAGCAAACCGACGAUGUGAAGCCAAUAGUUGAUGCAACUACAAUUGGUGGUCAAGUUGAUUAUGAUGUGCCUUCUAAAGAGGUAACUUCUUUGGAAGAUAAUGAAACACCUAAGGCCAGGAUUACUGUCAAGGAAAGGGAAGAACCUAAAUUUGCAGUAGAAGACCUUGGGAAGAGAGAACCUUAUGAGGAUUUGAAGCCAUCCUCCUCCAAAGAAACAAAGGCAUCAUCAAACAAUAAUGUACAUGUCGUCCAUGAUAGUAUGAUGGCCCCAGAACCAGUUUUGAAAGACAAAGUUCAUGGCUCCACUCUGGAGUCUCUUGAUGGAUUCAUUAAUGCGAUAGAAGGUGAAAAUAUAGAUGACAGGUUAAAAAGGCAAAUAGAGCAGGACAAGAUCCUCAUAAGUACAUUGACCAAGGAAUUAGAUGAAGAGAGAAGUGCAUCCUCAAUUGCUGCCAACCAGGCAAUGGCGAUGAUCACGAGGUUGCAAGAGGAGAAAGCGGCUCUACACAUGGAAGCCUUGCAGUAUCUGCGAAUGAUGGAAGAGCAAGCCGAAUAUGAUGGUGAGGAGCUCGAGAAAACGAAUGAUCUCCUGGCUGAAAGGGAGAAGGAACUGCAAGAUUUAGAGGCAGAGUUAGAGUAUUUCAGAAUAAAAUAUGGAGAUGAAGAUAUGGGGGAGAAACAAGAGGUUAAUGAGCACCACUCUGUUUUAACCUCUAGAGAGCUUCUUAAUGGAAGUGAUAAAGGAGACAUCCUCACAAAAUCAUCAUGGCCAGACAUUGAAGAUGAGAAGUCAUUCAUUUUCCAACGGUUGAAGGGCUUAGAGAGGAAGUUGCAGAAGUUGUCUCACAGUGCUAAUGUGUCACCUUACAUGUCUGACAACGAGUAUCCUGAAGAAACUACAGACAGAGGAGGAGAAGUAGGUACAGGGGAGUUUCUUGUAGGUAAUGGAAGCCUCUAUGUGCAUGAAGAGCCCGAUAUCACAUCAGACAGCAAAGACAAGACUGUUGUUGGCAACCUGGUUAGGAAUGGACAAAGAACUUCCAACCCUCUCCAUGAGAGUGAUUUGGCAACUCUCAAGAAUGAGAUCAGUGACCUUAAUGAAAGGUUGGAAUCACUUGAAACUGAUUGGAGUUUCCUUGAGCAUACAUUUAACUCCCUUGAGAGUGGGAAAGAAGGGUUGCAGUUUGUUCAAGAGAUAGCACAUCGACUUAAGGAAUUGCGCAAGAUUGGGAUGCGGAGUAGAUAUCAUUAA